AUGGAUUCCGCAGAUUCCUCAAGGUAUGUUCCGGACUACAGAAAGGCAAAUUUUAAGAACAAAAACAGAUUCCAAGCCGAUGAAGUCAGAAGGAGAAGAGAGACUCAACAAGUUGAAUUGAGAAAGCAAAAGAGGGAGGAGAUGCUUUCUAAAAGAAGAAACUUUACGGGUAAUGAACACAUCUCCGGCUUACCAGAAUCUGAUGAUGAAGAUGCAGCUUCAACAGACGAAUAUAACAAUGAUCAGAUGUUUUACACACAACUUCAACAAGAAUUGCCAUUAAUGAUCCAAAAAAUCAACUCUGGUAACUUAGAAGACCAGCUUGAAGCAUCCAUUAAGUUCAGACAAAUUUUAUCAAAGGAAAACAAUCCACCUAUUGACUUGGUGAUUGAGUCAGGUGUUGUUCCUAAAUUUAUUGAGUUUAUGCAAACAGGACCUGAGGUUUUACAAUUGGAAGCUGCGUGGGCAUUAACUAACAUUGCUUCUGGCUCCUCGGAGCAAACCAAAGUUGUUGUUGAUUCUGGCGCAGUUCCACAUUUUGUUCAAUUGUUGUAUUCACCAUCCCCAGAAGUCAAAGAACAAGCAAUUUGGGCUUUAGGAAAUGUUGCAGGUGACUCCUCAGCAUUCAGGGAUUACGUUUUGAGUUGCAAUGCGAUGGACCCGGUUUUGUCUUUGUUCCAAUCAUCCAAGAUGUCUCUAAUCAGAACCGCUACUUGGACAUUAUCAAAUUUAUGCAGAGGUAAGAAUCCUCAGCCUGAUUGGCAAAUUGUUAGAAGUGCCUUACCUACUUUGGCUAAGCUGAUCUAUAGUGUCGAUGUUGAAACCUUAAUUGAUGCAUGUUGGGCAGUUUCUUAUUUAUCCGACGGUACACAAGAAGCCAUCCAAGCAGUUUGUGAUGCAAGAAUUCCAAAGAGAUUGGUUGAAUUAUUAGGCCAUGAGUCAACAUUAGUUCAAACUCCUGCUUUGAGAGCAGUUGGUAAUAUUGUUACAGGUACUGAUCUGCAAACUCAAAUUGUAAUCAAUGCAGGUGUUUUACCAGCAUUGGGUCCCUUGUUAAGAUCAAGCAAAGAAUCAAUCAAAAAAGAAGCAUGUUGGACUAUCUCCAAUAUUACGGCGGGUAACGCAGAUCAAAUUCAGGCUGUCAUUGAUGCUAACUUAAUACCUCAAAUCAUUAGACUAUUGACAACAGGUGAUUAUAAGACGAAAAAGGAGGCAUGUUGGGCAAUUUCGAAUGCAUCAUCUGGUGGAUUAUCAAGACCGGACCAAAUCAAAUAUUUGGUUAGCCAAGGGUGUAUCAAACCAUUGUGUGAUUUAUUGGCAAUUGCAGAUAACAAAAUUAUUGAAGUUACACUAGAUGCUAUUGAGAAUAUAUUGAAGGUUGGCGAAAUUGAAAAAGAAGCAAGAAAUUCCAAUAUCAAUGAAAAUGCCGUUUUUAUUGAAGAAGCUGGUGGUGCCGAGAAAAUCUUUGAAUGUCAAAACAAUGUCAACGACAAAAUCUAUAACAAGGCAUUCCAUAUUUUAGACACCUAUUUCGGGGAGGAAGAAGAUGAAGGUGAUAUGGCUAAUUAUGAUACUAUGCAGCCACAAGUUUCUGAAAAUGGCCAACAGUUUGGAUUUGGUGUUGACCCAAAAUUACAAGAUGGUGGUUUCAAUUUUAACUAA